AUGACUCGAUUGAUAGCUCUAGACUACCAUGAACAAUACAAACACCAACAUCAUGAAUCAGCUUUAAAUAAAAUUCGCCAACGAUUUUAUAUUCCAAACCUGCGAAACGUCUUCAAUUCUGUCCGGCGGCAUUGUCAAUAUUGUAAAAAUGGAAGGGCACAACCACUUCCACCAAUGAUGGCUCAGCUACCCCCUGCCAGGCUGGCUUCCUUUAGCCGUCCAUUUUCGUUCGUGGGCAUUGACUACUUUGGCCCACUGACGGUAACAAUUCACCGAAGGACAGAAAAGCGAUGUGGAGUCUUACUGAUUUGCCUCACUACUCGAGGAAUACACAUUGAGGUUGCCCACUCCUUGUCUACUGAUUCGUGUAUACUGGCGAUUCGUAAUUGCACUGCCCGAAGGGGAUUGCCUGUAGAAUUCCAUUGUGACAAUGGCACGAACUUUCGCGGUGCAGAACGAGAGUUGAAAGAAGCUUAUGCGAACCUCAAUAAAGAAAAGUUAAUGGAAACUUUUACAUCAACUAUGACUAAAUGGGUCUUCAUUCCACCAGGAUCCCCACACAUGGGAGGAAGCUGGGAAAGUUUAGUCAGAUCCGUUAAAUCAACAUUGGCUCAAACUAUGUUUACUCGCAAUCCUUCAGAAGAGCUUUUAAGAAGUUCGUUGAUCAAAAUUGAAAGCAUUAUCAAUUCGCGUCCUCUUACAUAUCUGCCUAUUUCAAGCGAGUUUGAAGAAGCGCUGACCCCAAAUCAUUUUUUGCUUGGGUCAUCUAGUGGAGUUAAACCUUUAGCAAUUUUCAACGACAAUCGGUUGGUGCUCAAGAGCAAUUGGAUGACCAGUCAACAGUAUGCGGAUAAAUUUUGGAUGCGUUGGGUACAAGAAUACCUCCCAACUAUUACACGUCGCUCAAAGUGGUUUACUCCUGCUAAGCCAAUUGAAGUAGGCAACAUUAUCAUCAUCGCAGACCCUAACAGCCCACGAAGUUGCUGGCCCAAAGGCAAGGUAAUCGAUAAAAAGAUAUCCAGCGAUGGACAGGUACGAAGCGCUACCAUACAAACAAGUUCAGGGGUAUACGAACGGCCUGCUGUGAAGUUGGCUGUGUUAGAUGUCGAUGGUAUUAAUCUGGUAAAGUCCACUCAUCCGAGUGGCCAUACCGGGGGGACUGUUACCAUCUCUGUUCUCCAGCCAGACAGCCAACAUGACGUCAAAAAUAAAAAACGUCAAAAAUAA